UAUACAAUGAAUUUUUCUGUAUCAGUUGGAUCAAAAAAUCUUUUUUCUAAUGUAUUAAUUUUUACUGGAAUAAUAUUUUACCUGAUACUACUAAAUUUCUUUAGUAUACUUAUUUUUUCAAUUUAUAGUAAUUACUUAAAAUUUAUGUCUCAUCUAGUUCCAUACAAUUCACCUAAACCACUUAUAAACUUUAUAGUAAUUAUUGAAUUGAUUAGAUACUUAAUCCGUCCAAUGACUCUAGCAAUUCGGCUGUCAUCUAAUUUAAUUGCAGGGCAUCUAAAUCCUAAUUCUUCUGAAUUGCUAGUUCAGAAUACAUUACUUGUUCUCGAAAUUUCAAUAUCUGUUAUUCAGGCAUAUGUAUACUCAGUUCUAAUAACUCUUUAUUUCAAGGAGUCAAAUUAA